AAAUUAAGGAGGCAGUUUGAUCUAAACGGCAUGCACCGACGUGGCGAUGUGAUUCUGGGUGGGCUGUUUGAAGUGCACUACACCUCCGUCUUCCCUGAGCUGACGUUCACAUCAGAGCCGCAUAAGCUCAGCUGUCAAGGCUUUGACCCUCCAGGGUUCAGACAUGCUAUGACCAUGGCCUUCGCGAUUGAUGAAAUCAACAGAAACUCCAUCCUGCUUCCAAAUGUGACGCUGGGAUACAGUCUGUACGAUAACUGUGCCACACUAGUGAUUGGAUUCAGUGCUGCAUUAUUGCUGGCCAGUGGCCAAGAGGAGCAGUUUCUGCUGAAGGACACAUGCUUGGGGAACCCUCCAGUCUUGGGGAUUGUCGGUGAUUCCUUCUCCACAUUUUCCAUCGCCACCUCUGAUGUUAUAGGUUUAUACAAAUUGCCUAUCGUAAGUUAUUUUGCCACAUGUUCCUGCCUGACUGAUCGCCAAAGGUUUCCAUCUUUCUUCAGAACGAUCCCAAGUGAUGCUUUUCAGGUAAAUGCAAUGAUUCAGAUUCUGAAACGCUUCGGUUGGACCUGGGCAGGUCUGCUGGUCAGUGAUGACGACUACGGGCUCCAUGUGGCCCGGUCUUUUCAGCCUGAGUUGACUCGCCUGGGCGCAGGCUGUCUCGCCUACACAGAGAUUUUGCCGUGGGGUGAAAACCCGGCUGAGCUGAGGAGAAUAGUGGGAGUGAUGAAGAAAUCCACUGCUCGUGUGGUCAUUGUGUUUGCACAUCAAAUUCACAUGAUUCAACUAAUGGAAGAGGUGGUGAGGCAGAAUGUGACGGGCCUGCAGUGGAUGGCCAGUGAAGCUUGGACAGCAGCAGCUGUGCUUCAAACUCCACGUCUGAUGCCGUAUCUGGGCGGCUCACUGGGCAUUGCCAUCCGCAGGGGAGAAAUACCAGGACUGAGGGAUUUUCUUUUAGGAACACAGCCUGACCUGGAUGAUGCUAGCAAUGAAAAUAGCAUGUUCUGGGAAUACACCUUUCAGUGUCGAUUUGCUCCCUCUCCGACUGGAUGGAUGGAAGCUGGGGGAGCGCUGUGCACUGGAAGGGAAACCCUCCAAAAUGUUGAGAGUGAAUUUUUGGAUGUUUCGAAUCUCAGGCCUGAAUACAACAUUUACAAAGCUGUGUACGCUCUGGCAUAUGCCCUCCAUGACAUGCUGCAGUGUGAGCCCGGGAGAGGGCCUUUCAGGGGAAGCAGCUGUGCCACUCUGCAAACACUGGAGCCUUGGCAGCUGAUGUAUUACUUGGAGAAGGUCAAUUUCACCACUUCAUUUGGUGAUCAGGUGUCAUUUGAUGAGAAUGGCGAGGCUUUACCAAUCUAUGAUAUCAUGAAUUGGCGGUGGCUCCCCGAUGGAAGAACAAAGGUUCAAAAUGUGGGGGUUGUGAAGAAAACAGGCCUCAAUGAUGAAGAGCUCACACUUGAUGAAGAGAAAAUUUUCUGGAAUUCUGACUUUGGACAGCCUCCUCAGUCAGUCUGCAGUGAGAGCUGUCCUCCAGGAACCCGCACGGCCAGAAGAAAGGGGCAGCCAGUGUGUUGUUUUGACUGCGUUCCUUGUUCUGAAGGAAAGUUUAGCAAUGAAACAGACUCUGUGGAGUGCAUCAGUUGUCCAGAGGAUUUCUGGUCCAGUCCUCAGCGUGACCACUGUGUUCCCAAGAAAACUGAGUUCCUCUCCUAUCAUGAACCUCUGGGCAUCUGUCUGACCACUGCUUCACUGCUGGGCACAUUUAUCUGUGUUGUCGUUCUGGGGAUCUUCACCUAUCACCGCAGCACACCCAUGGUGCGCGCCAAUAACUCAGAACUGAGUUUCCUGCUACUGGUGUCACUCAAACUUUGCUUCCUGUGUUCGCUGUUGUUCAUCGGACGACCCAGACUGUGGACGUGCCAACUGAGACACGCAGCCUUCGGGAUCAGCUUUGUGCUUUGUGUCUCGUGUAUUUUGGUUAAAACCAUGGUGGUUCUGGCUGUGUUUAAGGCCUCAAAACCAGGUGGGGGGGCCAGUCUAAAGUGGUUUGGUGUGAUGCAGCAGAGAGGAACAGUUCUGGUUCUCACGUCUAUUCAAGCAGCAAUCUGCACAGCUUGGCUCGUCUCCGCUUCACCAUCCCCACAUAAAAACACUGAAUAUCACAAUGAUAAGAUCGUUUAUGAGUGUGCUGUUGGAUCCACAAUAGGUUUUGCAGUGUUGCUGGGUUACAUCGGCUUGCUGGCCAUCCUCAGUUUUCUUUUGGCAUUUUUGGCAAGAAAUCUCCCAGAUAACUUCAAUGAAGCCAAACUCAUCACUUUCAGCAUGCUGAUCUUCUGUGCUGUAUGGGUGGCCUUUGUUCCUGCAUAUAUCAACUCUCCAGGGAAAUAUGCAGAUGCAGUGGAGGUAUUUGCCAUCCUGGCUUCCAGUUUUGGUCUCCUGGUUGCGUUGUUUGGACCAAAAUGUUACAUAAUCCUGCUGAGACCAGAGAGGAACACAAAGAAAGCGAUCAUGGGUCGCGGCACCCUUAAAUCAUAA